UUACGUACAGUAGUGGUACAACUUAAGAGUUUUUGGUGUUUCACUGGUUUAUAAUAGUGCCGUAGUCUAAAAUAAGUCGUUCAAAGUCAAAGUGUAGUUCUCUAUUGUGAGUGCGUAAGUGUAUGAGCUUAAUUUGUAUCACAAAAUUGAGCUGGAGUGCGGAAAAUAUAUAAAUAUAUUCGUGUGUUUGCAAUAUAAAGUUGCCAGACUUAAGACUAUAAUUACCACCAAAAUGUUAAAUGUAGAUUGAAAUCGAUUUACUCUGCACUAAUAUUUUUAGUAUGAGCCUUGGAUUAAUUGAAAAAGGAAAAAAAUACAGCUUAUUACCAGAAGCCAGGUUCGAAAAACUUAGUCGAUAUGAAACUGUGAAACUUCAACCCGUUCAAAAUGUCUGACCAACCGUCUAUCGUUGACCGAAAACGGUUUUUCACAGAAGUAGAUGAGUACUACAAAGACAUUAAGAAAAGCGUUAUAGAAAGCGAUAUAAUAAUAACCAAAAAUAAAUGGAGCCCUGAGGAAAUUCAGAAGGUUAUAAAAAAAAUUGAGAAAUGCGACGCCGAAAAAUCAAGCGACAAACGCAGGUCAAACUCGGAAUAUUUGUCGUGCAAUUAUAAAGUCGUCGAGGUUUAUGGGAAGAAGGUAUUAGUGACCGAGAAUGAGGAAAAUGAGGAAGUUCAAAUACUUGCACCUGAAGACUAUUAUGACACGAUUUUUAUGGCCCACAUCAGCGCGCAACACGGAACAGAGGACACAACAUUUGAGAUUCUGAAAAAGAAGUAUUUAAUACCACGUUUUGCGGUACAAAUAUUCAUUAACCUAUGUAAAAUAUGUGAUGCAAAAAGAAAGAUUUUGAUCAACAAAGUUCAAAAGCCAAUAGCUGAGUUUACUAAAAGAGGUCAAGUAGAUAUUAUUGAUUUCCAAAAUUCACCGGAUGGGAAAUACACAUGGUUGUUACUAUAUCAGGAUAUUGCAACAAAGUUUUCUUUCCUGCGUCCAUUAAAAACUAGCUAUGAAGGGGAAGUCGCUGUGGAAGUUCUAAAAAUAUUUUUGGAAGUUGGCUGCCCUUAUAUUCUACAAAGCAUGAGGCUGCGCAAGUUUACGGUGUCUAUAAUAAAAAGCCUAGAAAUGUUGUGGCCUGAUUUGAAAAUUGUUUAUGGCAGUGUGAGCGACAUUCAACAAAGUAUUGAGAGAAUAGAAAGGAUAAAGUCUAUGGUUCUAAAGUGGAUGGCUGAUUACAAAUCUGUUUCUUGGUCUAUCGGCUGCUAUCAAGUUCAGCUAAAAUGGAAUACUCAAGUCUUAACCAAUCCCGAUUGUGAGGACUUUUAUAUUGAAUACACUCCAUUCAAAGCCUUUUUUGGCGUCAAUCCAACACUUGGACUUUCUCACACUAGUUUACCCAAAGACAUCGUAUCUCAGUUAGAAACUGAAGAGGAUUUGGAAAGAGCUCUUCGUAACAUAAAUAAAGGGACACAAAAGACUGAAAUUAAAGAAGAACCAGUUGAAAAAACUAUAAAUACUGACACUAGUGAAUUUAGUGGAUACAAGUCAGAUGAUAAAGAAGAUAUAACAUCAUCUCUGACUGAGGAAAUCGAUUAUAUUAAACCCGAAGCAUUUCCAAUUUUGGAAGUUUCGCCAAUAGACACUGCAGAGUCUUUAGACACAAAGAUUAAAGAAGAAUUUCCCGAAAACGAUGAUCUAGAAGAAGCAGAGAGUUUUGUAAACAAUACUGAUGUAAAACUUGAGCAAAUCUUGAUAUGUGGUGUAUGCGGUAAAGAUACAACAACUUCACAAACGUGUAUGGCUUGUAAAAAAGUAGUUCACGUGACAUGUAGCGUGGUCUCAAAAGAUGAGGAGGGAUAUUUCUCAAAGUUGCUUUGUAUUAACUGUCAUAGUGAGGAAGAAGGACAAAACAGUUUAAAAAGACCAGCACAUGAGGAAGCUUCGUCAUCUAAGAAAUUUAAAGACAGCAACGUCAAGUUGCCUGUACUUAUAGACGCCGCAAAAACUACUAUAGUUCCUGUGGACAACUGUGAACGGAUUGAAAAUGGUUUAGACAAAAACAAACUAUACAUAGUUGGUACUGCAUCUGAAAUACUAAAUAAUAUAUUGCCACAAAACGAAGUUACCGUUGCCGCCGGACCAUCAAAGAUGACAUUGCCGGUUGCGACAGUAGCAUCAGUAAAACUCUCUCAGAUAAAGUAUCAAUGUAACUGCAGGAAUCUUCAGAAUGGGCGGUGCAUAGAGAGAAGUUGUUUAUGCAAAAGAGUCAACAGAAUGUGUGAUGUUAAAUGUCAUGCUAACGUGCCAUGUGCGAAUAAGUGAACUGAAAUCUGACAUUUUCUCAUUAAAUAAUCGAUACUAAUAUAAGAAA